AUGGGUCUACGCUCCUCCCUCGCUCGCCUGCGCAAGAACAGCAAGUCUCUAUCAAAACGCAAAUCAUCCGAAAACGUCUCGGAAUUACCACAAGUCAAUGAGACAGAGAAAGCAGGUAGCUCUGAUGAUGACAGCUCGCCCGCAGUAGAGCAAGAAACCCCUGCUGGCACUGAUGUCCCCAAGCGCCGCAAACGCGAUCUUCUUAAGAAAUUCUUCAAAGGGUUCGGGUGCGCGGGUCUUGGGCUCCUCAUAAUUCCGCUGGUCCCGCUAAUUAUCGCUUUUUCCAUUUGUGAUGGCGUCCUAGGGUUGGUUUUGACCACCUUGUGGAGUCUGGUACUGAAGCCGCUUCUGCUGGUUAUCAUCUUGCCGCCCCCCAGCACCGACACCUAUACAGACAUACCAUUGUGUGAUAUGAAACCCGUCGCAGUCUCCCCGCCAACAUACAACCAAGCAGUCGAUGCUCCAUUUGAUCUCCUGGAAUACGAUGAAUGUCUCGGCCAUCAUGCCGAACCAUCCAUAUUUUCACCAGGAUUCCCGGAGUUGAAGGCCCCUGGGCCAACUCCAGCUCCAGCCCCUGAAGCCGACGUCCCUCACUACAGUCUGCUUGGACGACUCUGGCCUAGCAUCAAGAAAUGGUCCAAUAUGUUUGUCCUACUCUGGGUGACGUUUGAAGGAGUUAGUCUUAUCGCCUCGCUUGUAUCUGCCGAACUGGGCCUGCUGUGGCUGCCCAUUUCUUGGAUUCUAUUUUGUGCCCCAACGCUUCUGUUGAAGCCCAUUUGCUAUGAGUUAGACGCUUAG